CAUCUAACGCUCAGUGACACCACGGCACUGGAGACGCUGGAUGAUCCUCUCUUUAUGCAUCAUCGCCCUGACAACACACGCUGGCUGCAGGCACGAGGCUUCAGCCGGUACGCGUCUCAGCUUCAUUCCUGAGGACAGAUGCCUCUGACACCGGAGCGCAGCAGCAGCAGAGGCGCAGUCUGACUCUUCUCCGCUUCGUCGGGAUCGCAUGAGGAUCACUUUUCUUUUAUCUUGGUUACUGAUCAUUGUUUUCAUGGAUAAGUACACCUCUGCUUUAUCACCGGCGCUGGACAUCGGCACGGGCUGCUACCUGCUGGUCUUAACUGUGCUCUCCAUUGUGGGAAACCUGCAAGUCCUUAUCGUGGCAUUCAAAAGGUCGUCCAGGAUGAAACCGCCGGAGCUGCUGAGUGUGAAUCUAGCCAUGACAGACCUGGGAGCAGCUGUCACCAUGUACCCUCUAGCUGUGGCGUCUGCCUGGAGCCAUCGCUGGCUUGGGGGAGAUGUUUCCUGUGUCUAUUAUGGCCUGGCAGGAUUCUUCUUUGGCAUGGCCAGCAUCAUGAACCUCACCAUCUUGGCUGUUGUGCGCUUGAUUGUGUCCCUCAACCUGCAGUCACCUAGGGAGAAAAUCAGUUGGAAGAAGGUGAAGAUGCUGUGCCUGUGGUCCUGGCUGUAUGCUUUGAUCUGGGCUCUGUUUCCCAUAGUGGGCUGGGGUCGAUACGGCCCAGAACCCUUUGGCCUGUCCUGCUCACUUGCCUGGGGCCAGAUGAAAUAUGAGGGAUUCUCUUUUGUUAUCUCCCUGUUCUUCUUCAACCUGGUCAUGCCUACUGUCAUCAUCCUCUGCUGCUACUUUGGCAUCGCCAUCAAACUCUAUUUCACCUACAAAAAGUCGAUGCACAACAGCCACAGAAUCCCCAACAUCGUCAAGCUCCAUCGGAGGCUGUUACUAAUUGCUGUUUUGAUCAGUAUAGGCUUUAUAUGCUGUUGGACACCCUACGGUUUGGUAAGCCUGUGGUCCAUUUUCCGUGACAGCAGCACCAUCCCACCUGAAGUCAGCCUGCUGCCAUGCAUGUUUGCAAAGAGCUCUACUGUUUACAACCCUGUGAUCUACUACUUCUUCAGCCAAAGCUUCAAAAGGGAGGUCAAUCAGCUGUCGUGGCUGUGUUUAUGUUGUAAGCCGUGCAAAGUCUCCAACACGAUCAGUGACAACAAUAUUUACAUGGUUAGUGCUAGCAUCAAGCCCAAAGAACAACCACGAUCUACCUUGCAGGAGAUCACAGAAUCCAAGUCAGUGACUUUGGGUUGAAAGACUGGUUUGUUUUUUGGAGCACACUUGAGAACAAAGACUGAAAAUAAUGUGUUAUCAAGACAGACAGAAGUUUUUUUGUUUGUUUCUUUCCAAACGGUGUGUGGUAUUAUACCACAGCAGGGUAAUACUUGGCCCUUUUCUGACUGGCCAUGACAUGUGGGAGGAUGUGUUUGCACAAUGUAUUAAAUGCUGUGAAUGUGGAGCCAACAAAAGCUGUAAUAUAGAGUCAAAUUUGUGCUUACAGUUGGUGAAACCCUGCUAUGAGAGACGUUUCAGAGACAGAGCUGCUGAGCACACCCGUGCCCUUGAAGAUCUCACCACAGUAAACAUCUUUUUGUUAUUUACUACAUAUACACACAAACACAAUGAGAUGUGAAAGAGGCAGGGGAGUGAGAAGACAAUCAACUGCGACAUAUACUCAAACCGUGCAAAUGUGCACUCUGCAGCAAUGUAGGUUUUGAACAAUCAAAACUUAGGGCCACUCUUUUUAUUGUUGUCACCACAUUUUACUGCAGUGUUUCCCACAGGCUGUUACCAGUGGGAAUGCAUUAUUAUAGGGGAAGGUUGUUUUUUCCAUCCAGUUUAUAGAUAUAAAAACCAAAUGCCCAAUGCUACAAACUUUCAAUAGAUGCUACACUUUCCCAGUGUUUCCAAAUACUCGGCACAUUUCAGCCUGAUGUUCCCUUUUAACUUUUAACCAAGAAUAGCUGAAGAAAAAAAAAGAUGUGCCCACUUUUUUUUUCUUUUCGGUGGCCCUAAUUCUCCUCCAUAUCUCAGACACACAGAUCUCACUGCGAGAACAGUAGCACAUUUGAGAGCGGCAGCCAAUCAGAAGAAAGCUGGCUUAAAUGGAGGGUCGUUUUUGAACUGUGAAAUGUGGAAAGCAAGAGCUAGGUAUUAAGUUAGGUAUUAAAAAUACGAGACUAGUAAUGAGCAGGAUAGGUCCACUUUAAUGAUUCAGGUUCAGUAUACACGUGUAUUUGAAUUGGUUUGUGAUUAUUUUGAGAUAUUUGAUCUGGUUUUCCUGAAAAAAAAAACCCACAAUCAUAUUUUUGACUGACAUUUUAUUUCUGGAACAGCACAGGCAGUUACUGUAUGUGUUAAAUAGGUAUUGUGUUGUACUGUUAUUUCAGCAACCUGACAUAUGCAUGGUUUAAUCAGUGCUUCUGACAACACCCAUGUUGUGAGCACGUACUGUAUUGGUAUCUCUUUCUAUCUCGGUCCAGUGCGUCUCGCCCAGCGUCAUCUGGGACAGGAUCCCUCUCUUUGGAGUUUAUCUUGUUUUCAUGAAAUUAAAAUGACAGACAGAAUUUUCUUUGUUUUGUUUAUUUUUGUAGCUUUAAUGCCAACAGUGUGUGGCCGUGUGUGCUGGUAAAUAUCUGUAUUGGGAUGUCCUUUUGUUUGAUAGCAUCUGAAAGAGUUCGUUCUUGAUUAACAGAACACACGUGGCUUUGCUUUCAUUCGUUUUCAGUCAAAGUCAUGAACACUGGCUGCUUUUAGUCAUAGUCUACAUCCUUGUUUUUAAAUGUGGAGCCAGAAUGUGAAGUGCGUUACAUUUUCAAAACACUUCUCUAAUACAAGUGUGUUGUGACAGAGCCUCAUUUGCAGCUCAUUCGGCUUUGAAAGGUUGGUUUAGUGUUGAGACAUCGACUUAAAUGGUGGCACGAACUGAAUCUUCAGCUGAUGUUAACUCCCUUUGCCUUUGAUAUUGGAGUUGGUGUUUUAAUUUUGUUGUGUGUGGCAAACAGACUUUUUUAUUUCUUGCAACUUGUAACUACUGUUGACGAUCGUGAUUUGUGAAUGUAGCGUUCUGAACACUGAACAUAUUUAUGUAUAUAAGGGAUUGUGCAUAUUUGAAAAUAAACACUUAAUGAAUGCAUUAAAGUCUUGGAAAAUGACAAUCACACAUUCGAUCUCCAACACGAAUAAUGAAAGAAGACUGACAUUUAAGUCUGUUUUCUUAAUCUCGUUUUAACCCUCUCAAGGCAGGCGUUGCCGAUUUGCAACAGUUAA